CAUAAACACUUCUAAUUUUGAUAAUGCUAUAAAAUACGAUUGAUACAUUCGCACUGUUUCUUUCAUGACAGCCAAAACAAAAUCGACACGUAUCAAUGGACAAGUGUGCGCAUUGUGAGAAGCCUAGCAGUUCACUAAAGCGGUGUUCACGCUGCAAAGUUGUGUCGUAUUGCGAUAUAGAAUGUCAGAGGGCCCACUAUAUCCAGCAUAAGGAAAUAUGUGGUAAGCAGUUCCAGGAGCCUGGUCAUAUCAAGGAUGAUGCCGACCCAGCUGUGUUUAACACCGGUAUCAACAAUAAACGGUGCAACCAUUGUCAUUACCAAAUGAAACCACUAAUGCGGUGUUCACGUUGUAAGACAGUGAAGUAUUGCAGCGUAGCUUGUCAGAGGAAAGACUACAAAGAGCAUACCGUUUUUUGUCAAAGAAGUAUGAGAUUUCAGAAAGCUUAUGCUCAAAUUCCUGCAUCCCUCAAGUCAAAAGCAAGCCGGCAAUCUAAGUCUGUGUACACUUCGCUGAGCAAACUUCCGCCUAGGCAGAGUCGUGAGUACAUUAGCAUUUUAAUGAUAGUGGUGGCUUUUUCGGAGAAUAGCUAA